AUGGAAGACAUUGAUGAUGACUACUUCUCCGAUGACCUCGAUGCUCUGCCACCGGCCACGCUAUACGAGCUCGAGCAGCACGCCUAUCAGGCGACUCAAGGCGCCGCGGCUCAACAAGAGCAGCAGAGAACAUUAGAAGAACCUCCUCAGCCCGUGCACUCACGACAGACCGCGGCUACUUUGAAGCCACCGCCCCGGCUUCAUACCGGAUUGACGAAUGACUAUAAUACCCUCGAAGUAGGCGAGUUGGAAGCUGAGGUCUACGACAAUGUGGACGGCCAACAAGCGUUUGUACAGACCCCGUCACGGGCGGUCUCCAACGGUGUAUGGGUCGCUCACGACGCGGACGGUGCAAUGGAGAUCGAUCACGACUAUGGACAGGCGCAAGUAUACGAGACCAAUGCACGCAUGCAGCAGCUCGAACAAGAAAAAGAGCAGAUGCGACGAGAACUUGCAGAAGCGAAAGCACAGGCCGAAACAAAAGCCGGGGAGAUCGCGAUAAUCCGCUCCAAACAAAACCGAAUGGCGGAGGAAUACGAUCGACAGUUGGCGGCACUGAGACAGGCUAUGGCCGAUCAGGAAACUACACACAGAGAAGCGGUUGAUGCAGCCAUGUCGGAGGGCAAAAUGCUGGCAACGGAAAAUUUGUUCCUUCAACAUGACCUGGCCGAAGAGGUGCAUCAACUGCGAAGUUAUAAGACAAGACAUCGUGCCUCGGACAAGGCUGCACCCGUCACGCCGAAGAAGUCGCGAACACUUCCAUUCCGUGAUGGGUUCGAUGAUGAAGAGAUAGCAGUUGUCUCACCGAGCAAGUCGGCGGCACGGUCAAAACGAGGCACGCCGACUGUUCCUGGGAAACGUAAACGGCAGGCAAGUGUCGACAGUCCAGUUCCAUUACAGCUGAGUCCUGCCGGGCACAUCAACACGGCAGAUGCCCCUGCCGAUAUAUCUGAAACGGUCUCGGAAGAACAGCCCAGGCCUCGGGAAUCGAUCACUCAGACUUAUUUCGUCAAGCGAAUCUUCAACCAUCGAAUGCUCCCGGGUCAAGAGACCGACAUCGAGGCGUUUGCCAAGGUUUGCUUCCCUUCGGAGCCACACAAGCCCAUUUCUGGAUUUAUCAUGGAGGAGCUUGCUCGUACAGAUAUGGGUGAUUUUCUGCUCGAGUAUAUGUAUACGAUCGGACAGCUGUGGCGACGAGCCCUCACGGAGCGAUUCUACAAGCCAGUGCCCCGCUUCAUGGCUCUCACUCGAUAUGUCCUGAUGAUGGAUGUCGCCCCUCUUCCUGGCCUGGUGGGUGCUCUGGUGGGUGUGCUUCAAGAUUCGGUCGAAGUGAAUGCCGUUCCACGAUUCAAGUACUCUCCAGCAGCUCGAGAGAAGGCUCGUAUUCCGAGAUCAACACCACAGUCCGAUCUGCAUCUCGAAGUCGACUCAACAGAAGCCCUUCAUCUGCUAUACUACAUAUCAUCACAACUAUUGCAUGUGAAAGGCGCGCUAGAUGACCUGUGGACACAGAUCCGCUACACUUUUGUUCUUGUGAUGCUGCAUGGUUCCCAGCCACUCAAAGACAUCAUGGUCAUGUUGCCAUUUCUGUCUACAAGUAUCCGCGCCGGCUCAUUUGGUCCCAUUAUGUCAUCUGAGCAGGACCAAGCGGACGUACAAAAAUGGAUCAUCGAUCGUCUUUCGUUCAUGCUCAGUGAGGCAGUCACGCCAGAUGAAGGCUGCGAGUCCUACACAGCACACGACAUAUGUGCAAUGCGCCUUGAGGUUCUCUUGCUCUUGGAGUCUUUAGCAUUCAAUCCGCCCGCUCCGUCAAAGGACCAUGGCAGUGAGAUUAUUGCCACACAUCCCACAGCCUUGCCACGUCUGUUUCGAUCGAUGCACGACGAGCUCGAUGCGCUUUAUUCCUCUCCACCCGAGCAGGAACUUCGGGUAGCGAUGGUCAAUGGACUAAUGCGCCUGAUCUUUGGGGUCAUGCGCCGCCACGGUCCAUUAAUCAACAUGCAGGAGAAACUAGCUUCCGUGUCAGGAAGUAAACAGAAACACUUGGUGGUCCUCACGCGUCUGGCAUUUUGUGAUGGGUCAGUUCUGGAGGCGGGCAUCGAUGACGAGACAGUAGACAUGGCACACGAGCUUCUGGAAGAGUGGACGAAUCCACAAGAGGCAGAGUCCUUGGCCGAGGCAUUCCCCAGUUCUCGUCGGGAUUAG